CGUAUAUGGUAAACUGCAGACCUGAAAGUGAAACAACCAUGAAAAUAUAUGUGAACAACUACAUAAAUAAAACAAUACUAAAUCCUCUACGAACAGUGCAGCUGCCCAACACGAAGGAAGUGCAAGUUACAAUAACUGUGUCACAGGUAGGUACAAGGAGAAUGAAACACAUUCUCCAGUUUACCAGCUCCAUACUGGAAUCUUACUCUAAUUCUGCUGACAAUAAUUGUUCCAAUUCCACAACCCAAAGUAGAAAUUAUAUCACUGAAGUUGAUCAUCGCACAAGUCAAGGUAGCCUGAAUUCUUAUUUUGGAAACAAUCCAAAUGGAAGGGACUCUGUCAAUCAACUUGACCCAGAGAGUGUGUGGUACUACCUGCCCCGGAGCAGUCCUGUCAUUUUGCGUCGGGCCCAUUGCCAAGUGAAGAAUGGUAGUGGACAAUCUUUGGAACGAUCUACAUCUCGCUUGCUGUCUUCAACUCCAGCAGCCAAGAACUUCUCUGCAGCCCCAGCUGGAAACCAGUCCUUUGGAUCUCCAAACCUGCUAGAACUUCCUGAAAAACAAGGGCCAGCUUUUUCAUCAUUAGCAUCCACUCAGCUCCUCCUCCAAGCUUUACCCUCGGCUCUGCGUUGUGGUCCCGAAGGUCACUCAGGAAAGACAGUAGACCAUUGUGGUUCAUAUCAACCCACAGACAGUGAUAAGCAAGAAAACCUCUCAGAAAACAUCCUGUGCCACACUAUUAAUCCCAGAGAUUUGUCUCUCUCAGAGGGACUAGCUCACCCACUGAAUGGGGGUCCAUAUCCAAAUAACAAAGCCAGAGCCAGCAGUGGCACACAUCUGAUCUUCGGUUCUGUGAAUAAGGAAGAAAUCGAUGGGGACUUCUUCAGGAACAGUAUGGAUAUUGACCAGGAGAAUGCUCACUUUGUAGUGGUGGACAUGGUGCUGGAAGUUCUAGAGGCUUUCAGAUGGGCUGCGGAUCAUGAGCAGUUAAUAGUCACAGACCUUUCUAUGGACAGAAACACUCACUGGGGUUCCCAGACCCAUUCCACCUCCUCCCUCGACAGUGGUUAUCAUGAUUACUGUGUUCAUAGAGUCUCUUCUAACAGAGGUUCCCAGAACUCAGUCCACAGUUCCCAGAAGGUCCCGAGCACCUCUGCAGAAGACCUAGCCAAUCAGCUGCUCUCUGAGUUCAGGAAGUCAUUGCACCCUUCUGAAGGGCCUCUCAGCUGUUACAACCAAUGCCUGUCACUGGAGAAAAUUCCCACUGACACUGUAUCGGUGGUGAUGAGGGAUGGAGUCAGUCUGAGUGAAGAGAUACGACAGCGUAGCAGAAUGAGAGGAACACUAAACUGGGCUCCACCUCGAUUCCAAAUAAUAUUCAGCGUGCAGCCAACACAAAGGCGCAGUGAUGUCAUUGCCUCUCAGCACUUCCUCUGUGCUGGCUGUGGGACAGAAAUUGAACGACGGUACAUAAAAAAAUUGCGUUACUGCGACUACCUAGGCAGGUACUUUUGCAAUGUUUGCCAUGAUGGCGGGGAGUCGGUGAUUCCUGGGCGGGUCCUGAGUCGCUGGGACUUCAACAGCUACCAGGUCUGCCUCUUCUCUAAGCAGUUAUUGGACACUAUAUGGGAGCAGCCACUGUUCAAGCUCACCAGCGUGGCUAAGGACCUGUACAGCCAGGCAAGGGAGCUGCAAAGAUUCAAGGAGCUACAAGAACAGAUGAUAGCCAUUAAGAAGCUGUUGAGAGCAUGCCGACUGUCUGAUGGGGUCCUAGCCGAGUUUCAGCAGUUUCCCUCUCACCUGACCGAAGAGCCCCACCUCUUCUCCAUGGGCGACCUUGUCAGGGUCAAGCGAGGUCAGCUUGUAACUAUGGCAAAAACCAUGCUCCGGGUGGCUACGUCCCAUGUGGAGUCAUGUGAGCUCUGCCAGGCUAAAGGCUUUAUCUGUGAGUUCUGUCGUGGCCAGGAAGUGCUUUUCCCCUUCCAGACAGACAUCUGCACACGCUGCCCAGACUGUAGGACUUGUUUCCAUACGGCAUGUUUUCAAGAUGAGCCAUGCCCUAAAUGUGAUCGACUGCGAAGCCGAAAGAACCUCCAGAACAUCUGAACAUCCCUCUAGUUCUUCAGGAAUUCCAUAUCUUUUCUUAGAGGUCAUCUGGUUUACUAGAGAGCUAUUAUGAGGCAGUCAUAAAGUGCUGCUGUGGUCUUUUUUCCCUAGUUCUUUUACAGCAGGGAUUUUCUUAACUGAUGCAUGGUCCUAUGUUUUUGUUCAGUGUUGAAUGUUCUCAUAUUUUAUACAUUAAGAUAAUGAGUAUUGGUAUUUCCAUGAAAUAUAUCAGGCUACAAAUCAUAUCACCUAUUUGUACUAUUGUAGCAGUCAUAAUGUAGGAAUAUAAAGGUUUUGGGGGGUUUUUAUGAAAAAUAAACUGUAUAGUGUUUUAGCUACUUUUGAUUGAUUUCCAAAUAUACAUAGAACAAUACUAUGUAUUAAAACAAAUAAAAACUUAAAAAUCCUAGUUGUAAACAAUGGAUCCUUGUUUUCAUUUAUUUCAUUUUUUUUUCUUUUCUUCUU